CAUCAUGUUGAAACUCCGCAGUCGGCAAAUCAAGCCUUCAAUCCACCUUGUAUUGUGUCAAGAAAGCAAGAACUUGAUUCUGCAUUGGUGGAUAUGAUUGUAAUGGAUGCCCAACCAUUUUCAAUUGUUGAAGACAAAGGCUUCAAGGCUUUUGUCAACCUUUUGGACCCAUCCUACAUAAUUCCUAAUAGGAAAGCCUUGAGGACAAUGGUGGAGGAGAAGUACAAAGCCAAAAAGGAGAAGGCUUUAGAUGUGGUUAGCAGGGCCUCUGCUGUCAGCCUUACAGCAGACAUGUGGACAUCCAUUAACAUGGACGCUUACUUGGCUGUAACAUGCCAUUUUAUCACCGAGGAGGUGGAGCUGGCCUCUGUGGUCUUGGGGGUUCUGAAGUUUCCCCAAACCCACACUGCAGCUCACUUGGCUGAGGCCAAAAAUCUUCUCAUGGAAGAAUGGGGAAUUAAAGGGAAGGUGACAGGCCUGGUUACAGACUGUGCUCCCAACAUGGUUGCAUGUGCUAAUAUAUUACUGCUUCGGCACAUAAUGUGUUUUGCACAUAUGCUUAAUUUGGUGGUGAAAAAGUCCCUUGCCCAAACCCCUGAACUAGAGGAUAUCCGAAGUAAGGGGCGUAGGAUUGUCGGUCUUUUUAAAUCCAGCACCACAGCGAAGGAGAAGCUGUCAGAGAUGCAGCGACAGCUGGCCAGGCCAGAGCACAAAUUAAUACAAGAGGUGGAAACAAGAUGGAACAGCACAUUUAAUAUGUUGGAAAGGUUGUUUAAGGAGAGAGAGCCACUGGGGGCAGCUCUGGCCACCCUCCAUACAGACCUUCCUCCACUCACCUCAGAGGACUACCAGGCCAUACACCACUGCUUGAGCAUUCUUUCACCGUUUCAAGAGGCCACAGUUGAGCUUUCGACAGAAAAACGAGUGUCAGCAUCCAAAGUCAUUCCCAUGGUCAAAAUGCUGAAACAUUACAUCUCAAGCAGGUGUGGUCAGAUCACACACCCACUUGGUGAAAAACUGGCCACUAACUUGAAGAACAAUCUCCAUGAGAGGUUUUCAGCUCUGGAGAAGGUCACUGCUCUGUCAAUGGCAACCUUGUUGGACCCAAGGUUUAAAGAGCUGGGGUUCUGCAGCCAAGGCUCUGCCCACACGGCCAUAGAGCGACUCACUAAAGAGUGUGCUGCAACAAUGCAGGCGCUACUUCCAGAGGCACAGCCACAGUCGCCACCUAGAGAAGGUCCUUCAAGUCAGCAGGAAGAUGGUGGUCUCUGGGCCCUGCUGGACAGGCAUGUGGGGGUUCAACAGCAGGUGACCAGCACAACUGCCAGUGCAACAGUGGAGGUUCAGAGGUACUUAAAGGAACCUCACAUCCCAAGGACUCAGGACCCACUGAGAUACUGGGUUACCCACAAGGUUUUAUACCCACAUCUCUACAAGCUGGCAAUGAAGUUUUUAUGCACACCAGCUUCAUCUGUGCCUUGUGAGAGGAUCUUCUCCAAGGCUGGCGAAAUCGUCAGCCAAAGACGAAACAGGCUGAAGCCCAGCACAGUGGAGAAAAUUCUGUUUUUAAAUAAAAAUCUAUAACAUGUA